UCACAUCCGCUCCUUGUUCCCGUCCCUCAAGGCCGUUCUUUCGCUGGCGACCGACCCGGUGUUCGCGAGAACCUGUUGUUUCUGACGAUCAUCAGCCCUUUCUUCUCGUCGCUCUUUAGCUCUCCCUAGACCGUCUUUUACUCUACUCUUCGACGCACGCCAUGUCCGGCCCAGGAUAUGGCAGGAAUCCAUUCGACAAUCCCCCGCCCAACAGAGGUCCCUAUGGCCAGCAGCCAGGUUUCCCGGGGCCCGGCCCUCGGCCUUACGACUCGGACGCGGACAUGAGCCAGACCUAUGGCAGCACAACCAGGCUCGCCGGCAGUGCCGGUUACAGCGACAGAAACGGCAGCUUCGACGGCGACCGCUCCUACGCGCCCUCAAUUGACUCGCGCGCCAGCGUGCCCAGCAUAUCGCCCUUCGCAGACCCGGGUAUCGGCUCUAAUGAGCCGUAUCCCGCUUGGUCGGUCGAACGCCAGAUUCCCAUGUCCACGGAGGAGAUUGAGGACAUCUUCCUCGACCUCACCCAAAAGUUUGGCUUCCAGCGCGACUCCAUGCGGAAUACGUUCGACUUCAUGAUGCACCUCCUCGAUUCCCGUGCCUCGCGCAUGACGCCCAACCAAGCUCUGCUCACGCUUCACGCCGACUACAUUGGUGGCCAGCAUGCCAAUUACCGGAAGUGGUAUUUCGCCGCACAGCUCAACCUCGAUGACGCGGUCGGGCAAACCAAUAACCCCGGUAUCCAGCGCUUGAAGACCAUCAAGGGCGCUACGAAGACCAAGUCGCUCGACAGCGCACUCAACCGCUGGCGCAACGCGAUGAACAACAUGAGCCAGUACGAUCGCCUCCGGCAAAUUGCGCUCUACCUCCUCUGCUGGGGUGAAGCAGGCAACAUCCGUCUGGCGCCCGAGUGCUUGUGCUUCAUCUUCAAGUGCGCGGACGACUACUACAGAAGUCCCGAGUGUCAGAACCGGAUGGACCCCGUGCCGGAAGGGCUGUACCUGCAGACGGUCAUCAAGCCGCUCUAUCGCUUCCUACGUGAUCAGGCGUACGAAGUCGUUGAUGGGAAGCAAGUGAAGCGCGAGAAGGACCACGACCAGAUUAUCGGUUAUGACGACGUCAACCAGUUAUUCUGGUAUCCGGAAGGUUUGGCUAAGAUCGUCAUGUCGGACAACACACGACUUGUAGAUGUACCUCCGGCGCAGCGGUUCAUGAAGUUCGCCAAGAUCGAGUGGAACCGCGUCUUCUUCAAGACGUACUUUGAGAAGCGCUCUACUGCCCAUCUCCUGGUCAACUUCAACCGUAUAUGGAUCCUCCACGUCUCGAUGUACUUCUUCUACACGGCAUUCAACUCUCCACGAGUCUACGCGCCGCACGGCAAACUCGACCCCUCCCCUGAGAUGACCUGGUCCGCGACUGCCCUUGGAGGCGCUGUGUCCACCAUGAUCAUGAUCCUUGCCACUAUCGCGGAGUACACCUACAUCCCCACGACAUGGAACAAUGCGUCGCACCUCACCACGCGGCUCAUUUUCCUCCUGGUCAUCCUCGCGCUCACUGCUGGCCCAACAUUCUAUAUCGCCAUGAUAGACGGACGCACGGACAUCGGCCAAGUACCACUCAUCGUGGCCAUAGUGCAGUUCUUCAUCUCCGUCGUCGCCACCCUCGCUUUCGCUACCAUCCCUUCUGGUCGCAUGUUCGGCGACCGUGUGGCUGGCAAGUCAAGAAAGCACAUGGCAUCGCAGACGUUCACAGCGUCGUACCCGUCCAUGAAGCGGUCAUCUCGCGUAGCGAGUAUCAUGCUGUGGCUUUUGGUCUUUGGCUGCAAAUACGUCGAGUCUUACUUCUUCUUGACGUCCUCCUUCUCCAGCCCGAUCGCGGUCAUGGCGCGUACGAAGGUACAGGGCUGCAACGACCGUAUCUUCGGCAGCCAGCUGUGCACGAAUCAGGUCCCGUUCGCGCUGGCAAUCAUGUACGUGAUGGACCUGGUACUGUUCUUCCUGGACACGUACCUGUGGUACAUCAUCUGGCUGGUGAUCUUCUCGAUGGUGCGCGCGUUCAAGCUUGGUAUCUCGAUCUGGACGCCCUGGAGCGAGAUCUUCACCCGCAUGCCGAAGCGUAUUUACGCAAAGCUGCUGGCGACGGCCGAGAUGGAGGUCAAGUAUAAGCCCAAGGUGCUCGUCUCACAAAUCUGGAACGCGGUCAUCAUCUCCAUGUACCGGGAGCAUCUCUUGUCCAUCGAGCACGUCCAGCGCUUGCUUUACCACCAGGUUGAUGGUCCCGAUGGCCGCCGCACCCUCAGGGCACCGCCGUUCUUCACCAGCCAGCGAACUGCGAAGCCAGGCCUGUUCUUCCCUCCUGGUGGCGAGGCUGAGCGCCGCAUCUCGUUCUUUGCCUCAUCGCUGACGACCGCGCUCCCGGAGCCUCUGCCGAUCGACGCCAUGCCCACCUUCACCGUGCUCGUUCCCCAUUACUCCGAGAAGAUUCUGCUCAGUCUGCGCGAGAUUAUCCGCGAGGAGGACCAGAACACCCGCGUUACCUUACUGGAGUACCUCAAGCAGCUCCACCCUGUCGAAUGGGACAAUUUCGUCAAGGACACCAAGAUCUUGGCGGAAGAGUCGGGAGACGUCCAGGACGAGAAGCGCGCGCGCACGGACGACUUGCCGUUCUAUUGCAUCGGGUUCAAGACCUCGUCACCAGAGUACACCCUGCGUACGCGUAUCUGGGCCUCACUGCGCGCACAGACGCUGUACCGCACGGUCUCCGGUAUGAUGAACUACUCCAAGGCGAUUAAGCUCCUCUAUCGCGUCGAGAACCCGGAUGUCGUUCAUGCCUUCGGUGGGAACACGGAACGUCUUGAACGCGAGCUUGAGCGCAUGUCUCGCCGCAAGUUCAAGUUCGUCAUCUCGAUGCAGCGGUACUCCAAGUUCAACAAGGAGGAGCAGGAGAACGCCGAGUUCCUUCUGCGCGCGUACCCGGAUUUGCAGAUCGCGUACCUCGAUGAAGAGCCCGGUCCCAGCAAGAGCGACGAGGUUCGGUUGUUUUCGACACUCAUCGACGGACACUCCGAGGUGGACGAGAAGACGGGCCGCCGCAAGCCCAAGUUCCGCAUCGAGCUGCCCGGUAACCCCAUCCUCGGUGACGGGAAGUCGGAUAACCAGAACCACGCCAUCGUCUUCUACCGCGGCGAGUACAUUCAGGUCAUUGACGCUAACCAGGACAAUUACCUGGAAGAGUGUCUCAAGAUCCGUAAUGUCCUGGGCGAGUUUGAGGAAUACUCCGUGUCGAGCCAGAGCCCGUACGCGCAGUGGGGCCACAAGGAGUUCAACAAGUGCCCCGUCGCUAUCCUGGGUUCCCGCGAGUACAUCUUCUCGGAGAACAUCGGUAUCCUCGGUGACAUCGCUGCCGGCAAGGAACAGACGUUCGGUACCAUUACGGCGCGUGCGCUUGCGUGGAUCGGCGGCAAGCUGCAUUACGGUCACCCGGAUUUCCUCAAUGCGACGUUCAUGACGACGCGUGGUGGCGUGUCAAAAGCGCAGAAGGGCUUGCAUCUUAACGAGGAUAUCUUCGCUGGUAUGACCGCCGUGUCCCGCGGAGGGCGCAUCAAGCACAUGGAGUACUACCAGUGCGGCAAAGGUCGUGAUCUCGGAUUCGGCACGAUCUUGAACUUCCAGACCAAGAUCGGUACUGGUAUGGGCGAGCAGCUGCUCUCGCGCGAGUACUACUAUCUGGGCACGCAAUUGCCUAUCGACCGGUUCUUGACGUUCUACUACGCGCACGCUGGUUUCCAUGUCAACAACAUCCUGGUCAUCUACUCCAUCCAGGUCUUCAUGGUCACCCUGCUGUACCUGGGCACAUUGAACAAGCAGCUGUUCAUCUGCAAGGUCAACUCCAAUGGCCAGGUUCUUAGUGGACAAGCUGGGUGCUACAACCUCAUCCCGGUCUUCGAGUGGAUUCGCCGGAGUAUCAUCUCCAUCUUCUUGGUGUUCUUCAUCGCCUUCUUGCCGUUGUUCUUGCAAGAGCUUUGCGAACGCGGAACAGGAAAGGCGUUGCUGCGUCUCGGGAAGCACUUCCUGUCACUGUCGCCCAUCUUCGAAGUGUUCUCCACCCAAAUCUACUCGCAGGCGCUCUUGAACAACAUGAGUUUCGGUGGUGCGCGCUACAUCGCUACAGGACGCGGUUUCGCGACGAGUCGGAUACCCUUCAACAUCCUCUACUCGCGUUUCGCGCCGCCGAGCAUCUACAUGGGCAUGCGUAAUCUGCUGCUCUUGCUGUACGCGACGAUGGCCAUUUGGAUCCCACACCUGAUCUACUUCUGGUUCUCCGUCCUCUCCCUCUGCAUCGCGCCAUUCAUGUUCAAUCCGCAUCAAUUCUCGUACGCUGACUUCAUCAUCGACUACCGGGAGUUCUUGCGCUGGAUGUCGCGCGGUAACUCGCGGACGAAGGCGAGUAGCUGGUACGGAUAUUGCCGUCUGUCGCGUACCGCGAUUACUGGGUACAAGAAGAAGAAACUGGGACACCCGUCGGAGAAGCUGUCGGGCGAUGUGCCGCGUGCGCCGUGGAGGAACGUCAUCUUCUCGGAGAUCCUUUGGCCCAUCGGCGCGUGCAUCAUCUUCAUCGUCGCGUACAUGUUCGUCAAAUCGUUCCCUGACGAGCAGGGCAACGCGCCGCCGAGCCCGCUGGUCCGCAUUCUGCUCAUCGCGGUUGGCCCUACUGUGUGGAACGCGGCGGUGCUCAUCACGCUGUUCUUCCUGUCGCUCUUCCUGGGCCCGAUGAUGGAUGGCUGGGUCAAGUUCGGCUCAGUCAUGGCGGCACUUGCGCAUGGUCUAGCGCUCAUAGGCAUGCUCACGUUCUUCGAGUUCUUCUGGUUCCUCGAGCUCUGGGAUGCCUCGCACGCCGUGCUCGGCGUCAUCGCCAUUAUUGCCGUUCAGCGCGGGAUCCAGAAGAUCCUCAUUGCCGUCUUCCUGACGCGUGAGUACAAGCACGACGAGACGAACCGCGCGUGGUGGACAGGUAAAUGGUAUGGACGCGGGCUGGGUACCUCGGCCAUGUCCCAGCCGGCGCGCGAGUUCAUCGUGAAGAUCGUGGAGAUGUCGCUGUGGACGUCGGACUUCCUGCUUGCGCACCUGUUGCUCAUCAUCUUGACGGUGCCGCUACUGCUGCCGUUCUUCAACUCGAUCCAUUCGACGAUGCUUUUCUGGUUGCGCCCUUCGAAGCAGAUUAGGCAACCUCUGUUCUCCACUAAGCAGAAGCGGCAACGGCGAUGGAUUGUCAUGAAGUAUACCGUGGUAUAUCUCGUGGUGGUGGCUUUCCUCGUUGCGCUCAUCGCUCUGCCCGCGCUCUUCCGCGAGAGCAUCCACUUCAACUGCGAGAUCUGCCAGAGUAUAUAGUCAUAUAACGACGUCUAUCGUAUCGCCGGACGAGAGCCCCGUCGCCUACACACUGACAUGGAAUUGCUGUGUAUACAAUCGAUCUUCUGACCGCGUCGGGGGCGUUGCCGUCUU